UUACUGCGUAGCUGGGCGUGUCUUCCUGGUUAUAGUUCAUCGUCACAUAAACAAGAAGAAGCCACGGUCAGUUUAUCUCAAUAUUAACGGUUCCAAAAUGGACAACUGUGGUCUCCUUACGCUCAACAAAGAACCAGUUCCUCUGAAGAGUGUGGAGGUGGAGGUGGAGGUGAGAGACCAUGUGGCUACAGUGGUUUCCACUCUGCACUAUGAGAACAAGGAGGACAAACCCAUAGAGGCUGUUUUUGUCUUCCCUCUGCCUGGAGAUGCUGCCGUCUGUCAUUUCAGUGCCAAGAUUGGGCAGAUACAAAUCAUAGCUGAGGUUCGGGAGAAACAGCAGGCUCAUGAGGAGUAUGAUGAUGCGCUGAGCUCCGGUCAGCAGGCCUUCUUAUUGGAGGAGAGCGAGCAGAGCCCAGAUAUAUUCACUAUGAGUGUGGGCAGUUUGCCUCCAGGAGAGAGCGCCUCCAUCAGGCUGGAGUACGUCACUGACCUGGCUGUGCAGGCUGAUGACGGGCUGAGUUUUUGUCUUCCUGCUGUGCUCAACCCUCGAUACCAACCGCAGGGUAGUGAAGGUACCAGUGUUCAGGUGACCUCUGUGCCAGCGUCCUUGGUUCCCUACAGUCUGUCUUUCUCUGCCAAAGUGUCCUCUCCUCGUCCAAUCUUAAAAGUAGAAUCCAACUGUUCCCUGGACCCUCUGCAGUACAUCAACACAGAGCAAACUCAGGCCACGGUCAAUCUGGCUGCAGGACACAAGUUUGACAGAGAUGUUGAACUACUGAUUUAUUACAAAGAUGCUCACCAGCCCACUGCUGUGGUGGAGGCAGGACAGGCCUCUGCCAAACCUGGCACUCUGAUGGGUGACCCAGUGGUGAUGCUGAGCCUGUACCCUGAAUUCCCACAGGCUGCGAUGUCUUCAGUUGCCACAUGUGGAGAGUUUGUGUUUUUAAUUGAUCGAUCCGGAAGCAUGGGUGGUGAACGCAUUAGAAGUGCCAAGGACACUCUGCUGCUCCUUCUGAAGAGUAUCCCACUGGGCUGCUAUUUCAACAUCUACAGUUUCGGGUCACACUAUGAACAUAUCUUUCCGAAGAGUGUGGAAUACAGCCAGAAGACCAUGGAUGAGGCUCUGGAGAAAGUUCAGGAGAUGGGAGCUGAUAUGGGAGGAACAGAGAUCCUUCAACCACUCAAACAUAUUUUCAGCCAUCCGUGCAUUCCCAACCACCCAAGACAACUAUUUGUCUUUACUGAUGGUGAGGUGGGUAACACCAAAGAAGUCAUAAAACUGGUGAAAAAUAAUUCAGUGUCUCACAGGUGUUUCUCAUUUGGGAUAGGGCAGGGUGCAAGCUCUGCUCUCAUCAAUGGUUUGGCCAAAGAAGGAAGAGGUCAUGCUCAGUUCAUUACAGGAACUGACAGGAUGCAAGCCAAAGUGAUGCAGUCACUGCAGUUUGCUCUUCAGCCAACAAUGUUGGACUUCUCAGUCACAUGGGAUUUGCCAAAUGACAUAUCUGUCACUGUUCUUUCUCCACCCAUCACUACAAUUUUCCAGGGUCAGAGAUCACUGCUUUAUGCCCAACUUACUGGAGCGACCUCAGAGGAAGCAGAGGGUUGUGUGACAGUGAAGUACACUCUGGCAGGUCAUCCCACUCAGAAUCAACUGAAAUUCAGUCUCCAACCUACAGAGGACACUGGAUUAACUAUCCACAAGUUGGGUGCUCGUACUUUGAUCCGUUGUCUCGAGAUGGAGGAGAACAGCGAUGGAGAAAAAGCUGAAGGAGUGAAGGAAAAGGUGGUGGAUCUCAGUGUCCAAACAGGAGUGAGCAGUGCCUUCACCGCCUUCAUCGCUGUUAACAAAGACAAUAACGAGGCAGUUCAAGGGCCGUUGGUGCACAGAGGUGUUCCAAGUGCACAAGACUGUGGCAUUCGCGGCUGUGCACUGAUGUCAUAUGACUUGUGUGGAGAUGCUUUGUGUUUGAAGAGCAGUCUGGCUGGCCUGGAUUUUGAUGAUUCACCACGUUUUUUUAAGGGAUUCAGUCUAAAGAAGAAGGUGCAAUCAUUUUUCAGCAGAUCAAAAAUGAAACGCCCAUUGGGAUCAGUGCAAAAAGCUUUGAAAUCAAGCUGUAAGGAUGAAGACCGUCAGUCUGAGCAGGUCCUCAAAGAUCCUUUGAUAGAGUUGGUCUCCCUUCAGAAGGCAUCUGGCUCCUGGGUACUGGAGCCAGCACUGGCUGAGGCACUGGGAAAGAAGAGCGAAGACUUGGAAAAGCUGAAGCCUGCAUCAGUGAAUCAGGAAGUUUGGGCCACCAUUCUGGCUCUGAUCUGGCUUCAUGGUUUCAAGAUGGAAGCUCGAGUGGAGUGGGACCUUCUGGCUCUGAAGGCUGUGUCAUGGCUCCGUGCUCAGAAUGUACCAUGUAUGGCAGAGUGUGUGGACGCUGGAAAUGGGUUGUUGGGUUGCAAAGUGGAGCAGGACAGCCUGGGUCUGUAAGGUUUUCUUCCAACCUGCCUUCUUAAACAUUAAUGUGAAAUAACACAACCGCAUCAGUGUUUGGAUGGUAAUUUUUUGAAGAGAG